ACAUAUUUCACGGGGGGGGAACUUAUGUGGCGCUCGCGGCGGAGCUUUCUGGAAGCGGCUGGGGCUCCGGGCGCUGCGCGGCGCUCGCGGCCCCGUCCACCAGCGCGGCGCGGGGGGGUGGGGAAUGCGAUCAGACACAAUUCGGACGCUAGGCGAGCCGCAGCGAGGUGGCGGGAAGAGAAUAAGGAAGGACAGCCCCGCCGCCGAAGAGUGCCAUGCGGAUCUUCUCUGCAGCGUGAGCAGAAAGGUAUGGUGUCCAAAGCACUGGCGACCGGGAGCCCCACUCCACUUCUGCAAGGAAGCCCUGAGGAGCGCACUAAGAGGAGGCAGUGGGGGCUGCUGGUGACGGGCGCUGUUGGUGGGGCUCUGGUGGCCCUGUACGCUGUGGUCACCCCCUUCCUGGCCCCAGCUCUCAGGAAGGUCUGUCUGCCCUUCGUUCCUGCCACCUCAACGCAGAUCGAGAAUGUCCUGAAAAUGUUGCAGGGCAGAAGUGGCUCUCUAGCUGACAUUGGUAGCGGGGAUGGCCGUGUUGUGAUAGCAGCUGCCAAAAUGGGAUUCAAAGCUGUUGGUUAUGAAUUAAAUCCCUGGCUAGUCUGGUACUCCAGAUACCGUGCCUGGAGAGAUGGGGUACAUCACAACACCGAAUUCUAUAUUUCAGACUUGUGGAAGGUUUCUUUUUCCCAUUAUACAAAUGUUGUUAUUUUUGGGGUACCUCAAAUGAUGCCACAGUUGGAGAAGAAGCUCAAAGAAGAGCUUGAAUCUAAUGCCAGAAUCAUCGCCUGUCGUUUUCCUUUCCCUUGCUGGAUCCCAGAUCAUACUACAGGAGAGGGAAUAGACACUGUUUGGGCCUAUGAUUUGAAAUGUCCUAGAGGAAGUGAAAGAAAAAGCUUGGAAACAACACCAGCGACAGAAUCUUAAACAUCUAAUGUGUUCAUGUACUGAAUUUUUCAGCUUUGACUUCACUGGUUGGAAGAUGAGAUUAACAUGAAAUAGAGACGUGAUAUUGAGGUGUAUAUUCUCUAAAAUAACUGAAGUACAUUGGUUACCUGAAAACACAAAAAGGUUUGGUUAAAGGACUUAAUGUGUUUAGUAAAAAGUAUUGAAAAGUGUUAAUAGAAUCAGAAAACUUUAAUAUGGAAAAUGGGAUAAAACAGGGUUCAGUACUGUUACGGGAAGCAUGUGUGAGUUCAAAUGCUCAAAUUGGCUAGCCUAAAACCAGAGGUCAUUUGGUCCAAGCCCCCUGCUCAGGCAGGGCCACCUGGAGCCAGUUGCCCAGGUCUGUGUCAGACAGCUUCUGAGUAUCUCCAAGGAGAAAGCCUUUGCUGCAUAGUGACUAUGUAAGUUUGUCAGACCUCUGCACAAGUGCUGUCCGGAGAUCUAAGCUAGAACAAGUUAGGGAGUUGCCACCUGGACUACUAGGCAGUUGUUACCAUACCUAAAAUUAGCUCAGGCCAAGAAAAGCACAGAAAUGCUGCUCUUGGGUCAACACAAAGCCUGUGACGUUUCAUUAGCAGUUACAAAAGCAUGUUUCUUGGGCGUACAGUAUCUGACUUGAAGAGAAGUUGGUUGAGUCACCUUCCCUGGAGGUCUUUAAAAGACAUUCGGAUGUAGAGCUUAGUGAUAUGGUUUAGUGGAGGACUUGUUAGUGUCAGGUCAGAGGUUGGACUAGGUGAUCUUGGAGGGCUCUUCCAACCUAGAUGAUUCUGUGAUUCUGUUAUUUGGGAUGUGUAGUCUACAGGUAAGUCUACAGGUAUACUUGUACUCAAACUUUUUCGUGUGUGUGUGGGAGGGGAGGAGGAAGGAGAAUUUAAAAUAAAAUCCUCACUGAGGAGAUGA